AUGAUUAUGUCACCAUGGAACUGUCUGGGAAUACAACUUGCCUUUCUGUUUUCAGAUUUCAAGAUGUUACAAUGUGCAACCAGUCCCAAAUUGAAAUGGCCAUUAUGCCAUUUAUCAUUCAGUUACGAGACGAUAAAUGCAAAUGAUGGAAUUUUUCCUAAAUUGUCUGAUUGUUUUGAAGUUGAGGAUAGUGAUAGCACUUUAUUCACAAACGCUGCUACCUGGAAAGGUUUGUUUUAUAAUGGAAGUACUUUCAGCCAAGUGAAUAUACCUUCGGGUAAUCUAAAAAAUACACAGUUUGCAUUCUCCAUUUUCAUAAACCCAUUGGUGUUAAAUGGAUGUGUACUGCAAUAUAUAGCUGGUACUACCAGUAACUCUGAUGUUACGGAAAUUGAUUUAUGCUUCGUAAGCGAUGACCUAAAAUGCAUCAUAAAGAGCAGCAAUGGAAACAAUUUAGGUGAGGUUAACGGUGGUUCAUUAACAGUAGAUUCGUGGAGUUUAGUGCAGUUUGGAUUCCAUGGUGGUGAUACAUUAGUAAUAAGAGUAAAUGGUGGAUCAGUUACACCUGUCUCCAUAUCGUCAGUCAACUUUCGUGAUUAUGGUACAUUAACAGUGGGAAAUUCAUAUGACGGUAGUCAAGGUUUCAUUGGAACUUUAACCUGUUUGAUGGCUUUCGAUGAUGCCCUUUUGUUUCAAACUAGACUUGAAAGCGAAGAGGAAUGUGAAGAUACUGGUAAUUGGGGGAAAAAGCCUUAUGAUGAUUUUACUCCACCGAAAUGUAUUUUACAACCUUCUUACCCAGGAGCAGCAACAACAACAACAGCAACAACAACAACAGCAGCAACAACAACAACAACAGAAACAACAACAACAUCUGUCAGCAGCACACAAGCGUUUUCAACAGCCAGUUUAUUAUAUGCGUGGCCAUUAGAUAACAAGUCAUAUGGUUAUGAAACGUUUCGAAACAUACCACCGUCCGUCAGUGACUUGUCAUCAUGUCCGCGUAUUGAAUGUAAUAACACAGUAUUUCCCUUUCCAGCUAUGCUUUUUGAUGGUGCCGCUGGAUCGCAUAUUAAGACUUUGAUAAACCAAACAAUAUUUGUGAAAAGUUUCACUAUAGGAUUUUUCUUUUACCCGGAGUUCGCGCCUAGUGGAACAGUAUUGCAUAUUAUAGAUCAGGUGACUGUGUCUGGUUUAAAUGAGCUGCGGAUUGAUGUCAAUAUGUGUAAUCUGACAAUUACUGUUAAAAAGUCCGCAAGCGCUGUCUGUGCCAUGUUGACAUCUAACAUGACCAAAAUUUCAGAAUGGAAUAUACUUAUUGUGACAAGAAAUGAAAACACUCAGAUGAUAAGUAUUAUUCUGAAUAAUGAAUCUAUAACAAUACAUGAUAAUUGUUCCUCUAGCCAUUCACCUAGGUCAUCUGAAAUAUAUAUAGGCAGAACUUCGGCAAGUUUUACAUCGUUUCGUGGUUAUAUGCGAUGUUUAGCAAUAUUUGAUGACGUUGUAAAUCCAGAUUUACAACAAAUUUGUAACAGUGCCCCAAUAACAUCAUUCAAUGCUCUGGAUAUUGAAUGUGAAGUAACAACAAUGAAUUGGAUAUAUUUUAGAAAAGUGAAUGCCUUAAUGAGGCCGGAUGUAGGUAAAGCAGAAAUAAAAAGAAUGGAGGCCAUGCAAUUAAAAUCAUGUGCUGUAAAUUGUUUGAAUUCAAGAUUUUGUCGGUCAUUUGUUUUUGAUAUUGCACAAAAGCUGUGUUUUCUUUAUGAUUUUGUUACACGGAAUGGGUUAGUAGAGAACAAUAGUGGCAAUUAUUAUAUCGUUAUCAAUAAAUUACAACAACUGUGA